GUUCUCCGAUGUGGUUGUGUGUGACGUCGUGAAAGAUGAGAUCCUACCAUGUGCUUCAUUCUCUUUUGUUGAUAGCAACGUUAGAAAAUGUACUAUCUACGACAGAUGUGCUGGUGGCAUACCGCCACAACGUCUACGUCAUCAGCGGUGCCGACUCUCGUGAUUUUGGAACCCCUCGCCCUCUGGUGUCACCGGCACUUCACUUCCCACAAGGCCUCGCCUUCAGACCUCCAUCAGGACAACAGGACCCUGGUGUCGUCUUCGUUACCGACGUGCAGAGCGGCAAGGCCUCCGUCUUCGCGCUCAAGCUCGACGAAGACUCGAAUGUUGGGCGCGUCGAUACGAUCAUCAGGCAGUCUUCAGAGGAGCUGAGCCUGGUGUCGUACAGUGAGCGCAACAAGUCACUGUACGUGACCCAGGGUCUGCCUACACCGCGGGUGUCCGUGUCGCGUCUCUCCCACGACAUCAGCAAGCACUGGUCCUCGAAACCCGCGCCGCUGGCAGCCAACCUUGCUGGUCACGUCACAAGUCUUGCUAUCGAUGACUGCAACGGGCUGCUGUACUGGAGUGAGCGCAGCAACAGCAGUUCUGUAUCGGUGAUGUCGGUAGUUGGACUCGGUGGUGUCCACACUUUGAACCUCAGUGAUGGAAGUUCAGCUGAGACAUCCUUUGGUUUUUAUCAGGGAAUUCAUUAUGACGAUCACAGCCAAAGUUUGAUCAUAGCUGCCACCGAUACGGACAACUCGACGAAUUCAUCAUGCCGUUUCAUCUCGUACAAAAGUAAUGCGGACGUUGGAGGUGACGUAUCCGUGAUAGCUGAGCACCUCCCUAACUGCUACCCAUACUCACUGGCCGCGGAUGAACGCUACUUGUACUUCAGUGACUGGGCGAGAAAGGCUGUCAUGAGACUGAGUAGAAAUGAUCCUACUGAUCUUGUGGAGAUCUUCGAGACGCCGCCCGAAACGCUGCUGAGACGACGACGCCACGGGGCGUACGGAGUGCUUGUCAUUGAUGACAGGGAGAGACCUGCCUGUCGAACCGAGGUGAUUCUUGCUAAUGACACGACUGCUCCUGAAACUGUUGCGACUGCAGGUGGUGAAGAAACUAGCAACCUUCUGACAAAAACCAAACAUGAAAACACUCAUAGCAGUGAGGCUGAAAAGGACGUCGAGUUGACUACUGAAAUUCUCCAUCUUGCGCGAAACAACACGUUUGCUGGCAGUACCACACCUACCAAUGACCCCGAUGCUAUUAAAGAUCUUCCAAAGCUUCUUGACGUUCGGUCAGUAUCAAAGUCAGCGUCGCCGACUGAGAUCAAAGAUAAGGAUGAAACAACUUCUGAAGGUUCCGCAUACCAAAGAGACUCGUCAUCCUUAGCUCCCACCUCCCCUUCUGUUGCUCUCUCUACAAGUCCUCCUACUGUUCAUGAUAAUCGCGUUGUACUGCCAAUCUCUGAUGAUGAUCUUCAAAAAACCGCCUACAGGUCCGCUCCUCGGAAUGCCUCAGGCCAUCUUCACGCUCAUGGAGAGUCUCCGCAAGUUUUACCUGAACCAAUUAGUGUGAUGUUGCCGCAGUUCUCACGCCAAGACCUAGAAGUGACGGUGUUUGUUCUGAUGGCGGUGUGUCUGUUACUGCUCCUGACCUCUACAGUGCUGCUCAUACGUCAGUUAUACUCAUGCCGAGCCUCGACCAGCUAUGACGGCAGUGGGACAACUGACGGACGAAGUUCGUACGAUGGCCUCAAGCCGUCAGAUUGUAGUAUUGUAAUUUCAGAAAAGGACAACACUGAAAGCAGACCAUGUACUGAACGAUCUUUGGGAAACGCUGACGUCAUCAUCGACUUGUCUCACGACGACAUUAAGGUCAACUCAAACCUGCCAGCCUCUUCAAGCCACCGCAGAAAAAAGAAGAUAUUUGGGCCUAAGAAUGGAGGUAUCAAACAUCUAAUAUCGAAGUCCUUCACUAAAGACGGCCGGAUAAAGAGCAGCUGCCCAGGCCUACAGUCCAGUGAUGGCGUCACUCUCAAUAUUGAGGAUUGUUGUCAGAUGACGCUCUGUGAGACACCGUGCUACACGAGCGUACGCAAGGAGGGCAAAGACUACCGCAGUCCCAGCGCUGCAGCCGACGACGACAUGACUCAACUUCUUGACGACCACGAACAGCACACGCCCUGCUGAUCAUCAUGAUCUUAUUCAUAUACGAAUAAUGUCAUGAACGUCGAAUAUGUCAACAUUCAUGAGCGAGCCAUAAUACAAGGAUGAACCCAUGCCCUAAUGAGCCGCGCAUAAUCAACGUGAUCUCAGACGAUUAAGAAUUUUUAACUCAGCCUCUCAUGUCCUAACAAACCAAAUACGAUGCAAGGAACAACAAACAGCCAGCAGAACGCUACACAUUAAUGUGAUUCCAUUCAACAAUGAAGUAUCUCCUUAGCAUCUAAUGUCCGAAAUAUAAAACAAUGAUCGUGUUAAAACUUCGACGCUGCCACUCGUCCACUUGCCGUGCAUCGGUGAUGUUUUCCUAUUGCCUAAGUAGUUCAAGAGAGGCUUCUUGAUUAAAGUUCCUAUGUUAUUUCUAAUCUCCAACGUACUUUGCUGAGAUAUAUCCAGCGAAAAUGUGGUAAAUGGUUGAAAGAACUUACUAGCCUACGACUCGCUGAAAUCAAUUACUCUCCAACUAAACUCUUUGUUAAAUCAUUAUAUUACUAAGAAGAGUUUAAAUGUCGAGGUUGUUAAAUUUCAAGCCAAAAAAGCUAUAAGCAUUAUGAAAAAAAUUAUUACCAAUUUUGAAUAAAAUUCUGAAUCUCCUUAAUGAAAAUUACGAACAAAAGGAGUGUAAGUACUGAUGCUUGGAAACGUGAUGACUUAUUCCCGAAAAUAAAACAAUUUAGGCGAUAGUAAUGGCAAUGGAGGUCAAUGUGACCAUCUCGGAUCUUAGCAAAUGCCUUUGUGCCAAAACUAACAUCCUCUGACUUAAUGCUAAUUAUUUAGCUUUGCCUUCGGAGUUAUUAUUCACUGCCAUGUUGCACCACCCAUCUCGCUCUUAAUAGUAUCAAGAAAAUCGAAUAUUUGAGCAUGCUAUAAAUCUGUACUUCUUUGUCGUGUCCUUUUUGUGCAAUUUGGUACUUGAGUCAAUUAGUUUAUUAUUUUAUUGGAUUUUAGUAUUAAGUUUCAUUGGCGAUGAAUGUUUUUUUUCUUUGGGGUGCGAUUGAGUAAGUUAGAUAUACGAAGUGAACGCCAUGCAGGGUAGAAUCUAUAAAUGAUUGCUUUGCAUGUAGCUAAUUACCUCCUCAUAUUCACUGCCAUUAGUGAAGACUAGAGCUUUGUAGCAAACAUAGCCUUCGCUGCAGCCAAUAUGUUUAGUCGAGUUAUUGCAACGAGCGCUGAGACAAUGUGGCAGCUACGUAGUAUUAAUAAUGUACAAACUUCUUUUUGUGUUUGGAAGGUUUGUUUACUAUUAAGAAAACAUUGAUCAAAUCAGAUUUCUAACAAUUUUAUCGAGGUUUCCGGUUUAUUGCUUUCUUGCAGUAGGGAACACACGGUAGCUACAGUGCUUAACUGAAUCAAAUGUUCUUUCUUGCACCGUAACUCCAGCGACAGAUGAGGAGAGGUCUCGUUCGCACGUAAACUAAAUAGGGCAGAAAUAUGUUCUGUUAAUUUACAUGAUAAUAUUCAGUCAUAUACUUGUUGAGUACGGAUAUACUAUGUAUCCUUCCGUUAUUGAUCUGUUCCUACUGGAUGUUCAGAAAUGUCGAGCGGUUAAGAAUGUUGACUUCUUAAAAACAAUCGUGUAUGUUCAAAGGAUGCGGGUACGGGAUUAACCCUUGACCAAUUUUUAAUCGCACUACAAUUGCCUUCUCCAGUGUACGGUCUUCUUAAAAUAUUCGAUAUACUUAUACUGUCCGAGAAUCUCGCUCUGUAAUUUUAAGUUUUAUUUUUUUUCUGUCUCGGUAUCGUUGUGUUCACCGUUUUAAAAAUUUACAUUCAAUGAAGAAUUAUUUAUUUUACUUCAAAUUUACGCAUCAAAAGCGUCCGGCAACUGCAAUUUUGAGUCAGCUUCCUCUAAAGUUACUUGAAUCAAUUGUAGCAAAAUUUUAUUUGUUCCCUAAUGAUCCGAAAAAUCGUUUACAGUGUUGAAAAAAUAGAAGCAUUAAUAUGGAAGAAAGUAUUAUUCGUCAAAAUAACCGAGAGAAAUUUAGUCUGGUUUUCUUGAAUUUUUCAGCAUUUCAGAUUAAAUAGUUAGCACAGGAAAACCUCUUCAAUUUGUUAAUAUUUUCGGCAGCCUAUAAGGCAGAGCAUGAGUUUUUUCUCUACCGAGCGUACUCCAUUGUGAACGCUGUGGUAUGCAAUAUGAUCCUACCUAUUGCAGCGUUCAGUGAACCAUCUUAAAAUAAUACCAUAUCAUUUGAUUGGCAUGCAAUUCUGCUCUUCCAGUUGUUAGAGGCAAGAUAUUUCCAUAUAAAAAUGGUGGUAUAUGUAGGAAAUGAAUGAAUUAGAAAUUAAUUGGCCUAGUCAUGCAUGCCUGACCAGCUUGCUUACUAAAUUGUUGUUGGUUCGUAAUGCCUUACCUACUGUUAAUCUUAUACACGUUCGAUGUGCAAGGUUAGUGAUAUUAGUCUAAGCCGAAGACUCACAAUGAAAUCAGUGUGCAUACUGAUGGGAUAUAAUAAUAUUAUAGAUGGAACUGUUUACAUUAAACGUUGUUCAAGCUUUCAGGUUAUCGGCUGAUGUUUUAAAUUAGUCGUAGAACUAAGUUACUGUUUUGCUUUGUUUGACUUAAUUGCCCGACGUGAUACAGUGCAGUCGCAAGCUUGUGAUUUUAGGUUGAAAAUGCUCUCGUCUUAAACAUUGAUUUUGAGCUAAUAACUCUCUGCAUUCACAGCCGAGGUAUUAUAAACUAAUAUCUACACUUCGUACAAAGAAGAUUGUAUGAACAAACUUAUUAAUGCUCACAAAUCUUCGGUUAUUGUUUUAAACUCGUAGUUAAGAGAUGUACAAGGUUUGCGGAAUAAAAUGAUUGUUUAA